UUGCCUAGCCAAAACCAAAGAAAACAAACAAGAAAAGUUACUCUGAAAGGGAAGGUGGUUAAAUAGCAAAACUUAACUUACAUACAACGUUAUGAAUGAAAAUUUCUCUUAUAUCUAUUCUAUCCUAUAUAUGUCUCCCUGUUGUAGAGUACAAAAGACUUUACUUUUCGCUCUGUUUAAGUGACUUUUUAAGAACCCCCAGGAGGCAGCAUGGUACAGUGGAAAGAAAAUACUGACUCUGGAGUUAGAAGAUCUGGGUUCAAAUUCUACCUGUGAUCCUUAUAUUUAGCUGGGUAACUUUGGGAAUAUCAUUUCAUUUCCCUGGUCCUCAGUUUUCUCACUUGUGGGAAAAAAGCUCUAGAUGUACAAUCCUAUGGAUUCCAAAAUUAGUUACUAUUUAUAGUGAAUGCUGUGGAAGUAGAACCCAGAUCCUGAGACAUGAACAGUUACUACCUGUUUGACAUUUGGCGUGUUGCUUAACCUUAGUUUCCUCAUAUGUAAAAUCAGGGUGUUAGACUAAGUGGUCAUUGAAGGCCCUUCAAACUUGAUUUCUGUGAUUCUAUGGGCCAUAUUUUAUGAUUCCAUAUAUAAUAUCUAUUUGUAUAUGAAAUCAUACUCUUAAUCCACAAUCAGUAAAUAGAUGUGCACUUUGAAUUUUUUUUUUUGUAAAAAUACUGUUGAUACAUCAGCAUUGAUCCACCUAAACUAAACAGUUUCCUUAGUAACCAACAGAGUUUGUUUUUGAGGCUGCUGGCCAGGCUUGAUGGUACAUUCUUGGCUGUCUGGCAGACUUCUUGUUUUGUUUGUUUGUUUACAAAGUUUGGCCUGUGGACUUCAGUUUCCUUAUUUCUGAAAUGAGAGGGUUGGGGUUGGGUCUUUAAAAUUUCCCAUAUUAAAUUAUUUUGACCUUCUGAUUAAUUAUGGAACUUUUAUUUUGCUGCUCAGAGAGGUGGUCUCAUGUAAUUUCCCUGACCUUUUUCAAGCAAUUACAUGAAACAAAUGGAUUCUAUCAGUUAUAAAGAUUAUAUAGAUGAACAUUCUAAAUGCAGCAGGAUUUUUGGUAGAUUCUAAUUUAGGACAAGAUGAAGGACUGAUGAAAAGUCUAUUAUCUACUGUGAUUGUUAGAAGUUAUUGAACUUAUGAAACUAUGGCAGAGAGAGAGACAGCAUCAUCUGUGCCCCCAAAGUGUGGGCCAUACAUUUCUUCUGUCACUAGUCGGAGUAUGAACUUGGUGAUUCGUGGAGUAGUUCUGUUUUUGAUUGGAGUGUUUCUUGCAUUAGUAUUAAAUCUACUUCAGAUUCAGAGAAAUGUCACACUCUUUCCGCCUGAUGUGAUUGCAAGCAUUUUUUCUUCGGCAUGGUGGGUACCACCAUGCUGUGGCACAGCUUCAGCUGUGAUUGGGUUAUUAUACCCCUGCAUUGACAGGCAUCUGGGAGAGCCACAUAAAUUUAAAAGAGAGUGGUCCAGUGUAAUGCGAUGUGUAGCAGUCUUUGUUGGUAUAAAUCAUGCCAGUGCUAAAGUAGAUUUUGACAACAAUAUACAGUUGUCUCUCACACUAGCUGCACUAUCCAUUGGUCUGUGGUGGACUUUUGAUAGAUCACGAAGUGGUUUUGGCCUUGGAGUAGGAAUUGCUUUCUUGGCAACCUUGGUCACUCAACUACUAGUCUAUAAUGGAGUUUAUCAAUAUACAUCUCCAGAUUUUCUUUAUGUUCGUUCUUGGUUACCGUGUAUAUUUUUUGCUGGUGGCAUAACAAUGGGAAACAUUGGUCGACAGCUGGCUAUGUAUGAAUGUAAAGUCAUUGCAGAAAAAUCUCAUCAAGAAUGAAGAAAGCAAAAAUGUGUUUUUGUACAGAAAAAAAAAGCCAACCAAGAUUUAAAGAAGCCUGUAAAUGAUAGAGAUACCAAGAAAACAUUGGACUGUAAAAUUGCUAAGAUGCAGUUUUUCCCUUCAGUGAUAUAUAUUUCUGCAAUCUGUGAUUGCUACUUCUGUAAAUCAGUUACAAACCUUUGUGUAUUUGAUUUAAGUAACUAUAAAAAAAUGACGAUGCACCACAAACAAGAAUAUUGGUUAAUAGAUGGGUUUUAAAUUUUUUUUUAACAUUUAUUGUGUCACAGUGUUAAUGUGCCAAAACAUUCUAUUGUCAUGCAAAAAAUGAGUAUCUCAUGAACGUUUUAAAAAAUUAUUGAAAUGACAUAAAGAGGAAAGCCAAGAAUUCAAUUGAACAGCUGAUAUUUUCUCUUUUAUUUUUUAUUUUCUUGCCUUUUAUUUUUCUAUGAACAGCAGUGUGAGUUAUGGGUACCCUACUUUGUGGUUGGGAUUCUAUCUUAAUGUGUAAACAAAAGCCUAGAGUAUUUGAAUUUUUUGUCUUUUGUGAUAAAAAUAAACUUUUUGUGACAUGUUUUUAAAUGCAUAUCUACCUGCAAUACUGGGGAGGAUCCAAAGAAUAAACACCUGUUUAGACAAAUAUUAUACUAGUAUGUGAAGCCUGUGAGAGAGUAUCAGCAUUAUUGUUUUUCAGUCUGAGUUUAGGAGAGAAUGGAGUAGGUGAAAAUAAGGGUCAUGAAAGAGCAAAACUAGAAUGAAUGUGAAUUUUGGGGGAAAAAAUGGCUUUCUGCAACUACGCAAUGUUUAAAGUGGCUUUUUAGUGGUCACAAGGAAUUUAGCACCUCUUAAUUCUUUUGCACAUAUAACAACCCCCAGAUCUGUAGAAAUGAAGGUUCUAAUGCUGUUUGGGGGUUCUGGUAAUGUUAACAAACCAUUUUGGCUUGGUUGACUUGUCAUUGGAACCCUUGGAUUUACAGCCUCAUUAUAUGCAAUUGGGGGCAUGUAAUUUUUUUAUGUAUUAACAUACCCAAUAGUGAAGAGUUCCAGUCUAUUGGUUAAAUAUGUAUUGAGAGUUUUAUGCAUAUUAAAGAUCUUGUUUAAAAGUUC